CUGAAAGAUCACAACCAUGGAGUUUAACUUCUCUCCGUAUAUGCUCCAGGGAGCCGCAUGCCAGUUUGAAUACAAGCGAUCACCUACCAGCGUUGAUGCUGGGUACUUCAGUGCCUGUGGAAGUCUUUCUCCGAGCUCCUCCAUUGAUUCUGGGUGUUUUUCUCCUCCUGCGAGCUGUUGGAGAGCUGGAAGACAUCUGGAAGCUGCAGGGGAACCCGACAUCGACUGCAUACCAGCUAAAAAACCCAGAACAAUUCUUCCUGCUGAGGGAAAGAGACGUUCCAGGUCCAAAAACCCUGGAACAAAGCGUCAGACGGCCAGCGAAAGAGAGAAGCUCAGGAUGAGGGAUCUGACCAAAGCUCUCCAUCAUCUCCGAAACUACCUACCUCCUUCUGUGGCUCAUACUGGACAAACCUUGACCAAGAUUGAGACCCUUCGCCUCACUAUUAGCUACAUCUCGUAUCUUUCUGCUCAGCUGGAACAGACUGAGACCUCCAAUCAUGAAACAUCACCAAGAUGCUUCUCACAAGAUACUUCAGACAGGCUUCAGACUGAGACCUGGUGUCUGGUUGGGCCAGAGGAACUCAUGCAAGAUAAUGUCCAGAACUGUCCAACAUUCACAGCCUUCAGUGAUUCAACACAACAGAUGGAAAACAACUUUCCUUCUACUUCACACUUCAGAGAUGCACAAUCCUAUAAGUUUCCCUGUGCAACAACACAUGAUGCUACGUACAGCCAUCAGUUUUUUCAAUGA